AUGGAAAGAGUUGAAGCCGUGCUGAUAGAAGCCGCCUGGAAGAGACAGCGGAGCGCAGGGCAGGACUUGGGUCCCAACUCCGGCCGCGCCGCGGGGACGCUGCCCGCAGCCGCUCGCAUGGCCCGGGGCGGCGCUCCCUAAGCGCCGGGCUGGGCAGAGCUGCUGCUCCGCAUCCCCACUCGCUCCGCCGAGCCGAGCCGAGCUGAGCCGAACCGCGCCGAGCCGAGUCGCGCCGAGGCUACCCCCGCUCCUGCGGCAGCCGGAGCGCGAUGCGCCGGUGAGCUACGCACCGGGAGCCCGGCGGCCACCCCAUAAAUCAUCCACAAACAAUCUUAUGAGAAAUGUAGAAGAACGAAGGCCAGAGAGGCAUGCCAGAGAAGGAGUUUGCAGAGUCCAAAGUGUUCAGAGAAGACUGCAUUGGGACUGCCUCUGAGAGAAAGCGUUUACCUCACUAAUUCGUGACGGAUUUACCUUCUGGGACGCUGACCUUGGACUGCUACCAGGACAUUUGUCUUGGACUUGGCCUCUAGGCUGGUUACUGAGGAUUUUCCCUGGAGCAUGACUUCUUAUAUGACACUUCAGUAAUGCAGAGGCUGUAUCCUCCCUGGGCCUACCUUGGAAGCUAGAUCUGCAGUCGCCCUUCAGUCAUGGUUGUUUCAAGAUUAAAGGCCAUUUCCCUGUCAUUGCCAAGCCUUUUUCUUCUUGCUUUUCAUCUCUCAGCAUCACAGAAUGUACCUGAAUACUCUGAAGCUGAAUAUCAGCAAUGUGUCAGGAAAGAACACCCCACAAUUUCUUUUGAAGAGCUGAAGCCCUGGGUGUCGAAUUUCACCUAUCCAGGUGUGCAUGACUUUUCUCAGCUUGCACUGGAUGCCAACAGGAACCAGCUCAUUGUGGGAGCAAGGAACUACCUCUUCAGACUUAGUCUACAUAACGUUUCUCUUAUUCAGGCAACAGCAUGGGGUUCAGAUGAAGACACCAGGAGGUCCUGUCAAAGUAAAGGUAAAACAGAGGAAGAGUGCCAAAACUACGUCCGAGUGCUGAUUGUUUAUGGCAAGAAAGUUUUUACCUGUGGCACCAAUGCCUUUUCACCAGUGUGUUCCAGUCGACAGGUAGGAAAUCUUAGCAAAAUCAUCGACAGAAUUAAUGGAGUGGCUCGGUGCCCAUACGACCCUCGGCAUAACUCGACAGCUGUGAUUACAUCACGAGGAGAACUCUAUGCUGCAACUGUAAUUGAUUUCUCUGGUCGGGAUCCUGCUAUUUACCGCAGUCUUGGAAAUGUUCCUCCACUUAGGACAGCACAAUACAACUCCAAAUGGCUUAAUGAGCCUAACUUUAUUGCUGCCUACGACAUUGGUUUGUUCACCUACUUCUUCUUCCGUGAGAAUGCAGUAGAACACGACUGUGGGAAAACAGUUUAUUCUCGUGUGGCGAGGGUUUGCAAAAAUGACAUCGGAGGAAGAUUUUUGCUGGAGGACACAUGGACAACUUUCAUGAAGGCCAGGCUGAACUGCUCCCGUGCUGGAGAAAUCCCUUUCUAUUAUAAUGAACUGCAAAGCACCUUCUACCUUCCUGAGCAAGAUCUGAUCUAUGGUGUCUUCACUACUAAUGUAAACAGCAUAGCUGCCUCAGCAGUGUGUGCCUUCAAUUUGAGUGCCAUUACUCAGGCAUUUAAUGGCCCUUUCCGCUACCAAGAAAACCCAAGAUCAGCCUGGCUGCCAACGUUAAACCCCAUCCCUAAUUUCCAGUGUGGGACGCUGAACGAUGACAGCCCUAACGAGAACCUGACGGAGAGAGUUCUGCAGGAUGCGCAGCGCUUAUUCCUGAUGAAUGAUGUCGUGCAGCCAGUGACUGUAGAUCCGUAUGUGACUCAGGACAGCAUUCGAUUUUCCAAACUGGUGGUUGAUAUUGUUCAGGGGAAGGAUACUCUCUACCAUGUGAUGUAUAUUGGAACAGAGUAUGGCACCAUCUUGAAGGCCCUUUCUACCACUAACAGGAGCCUGAGGAGUUGUUAUUUAGAGGAAAUGCAGAUCCUCCCUGAUGGACAACGGGAAGCAAUCAAGAGUCUCCAAAUCCUGCACAGCGACAGGUCACUCUUUGUGGGCUUAAAUAAUGGAGUGCUAAAAAUUCCUCUGGAGAGAUGCUCCAUGUACAGAACAGAAGGGGAAUGCCUAGGAGCCAGAGACCCCUAUUGUGGCUGGGAUAACAAGCAGAAGCGAUGCACCACCAUUGAGGACAGCUCCAACAUGAGCCUGUGGACUCAAAAUAUUACUGAGUGCCCAGUGAAAAACCUGACAACAAAUGGAAGAUUGGGGCCUUGGUCCCCAUGGCAACUGUGUGAGCAUUCGGAUGGGGACAGCACAGGCUCCUGUAUGUGUAGGUCACGUUCAUGUGACAGCCCUCGUCCACGCUGUGGAGGUCGCAGCUGUGAAGGGGCCAGGAUUGAGGUGGCAAAUUGCUCAAGAAAUGGAGCUUGGACACCCUGGUCUUCCUGGGCUCCAUGCAGCACCUCCUGUGGGAUAGGCUUCCAGGUCCGCCAGCGAUCCUGCAGCAACCCUGCUCCGCGGUACGGCGGCAGGGUCUGCGUUGGACAGAGCAGGGAAGAAAGAUUCUGUAAUGAGAACAGUCCAUGUCCAUUGCCAAUUUUUUGGUCUUCAUGGGGCCCUUGGACUAAAUGUAGUGUGAAUUGUGGUGGAGGGAUUCAUUCGAGGCAGAGGUCUUGUGAAAAUGGAAAUACAUGUCCGGGCUGUGCUGUGGAAUAUAAGACAUGCAACCCAGAGAGCUGCCCAGAGGUGCGCAGGAACACACCCUGGACCCCUUGGAUGCCUGUCAACAUCACCCAGAGUGGUGCCCGCCAGGAGCAGCGCUUCCGCUACACGUGUCGUGCCCAGCUGUCUGAUCCCCACGAGCUGCAAUUUGGGAGGAAGAAAACUGAGAGUCGAUUCUGCCCCAAUGAUGGCUCAGCAGUGUGUGAUACUGACUCUCUUGUCGAUGACCUCCUCAAGACUGGUAAGACCUCUGCACGGAUUAUCAAUGGGGGCUGGUCCUUUUGGGGGGCCUGGUCUUCCUGUUCCAGGGACUGUGAGCUGGGAUUUAGGAUCAGGAAGAGAACAUGCACAAACCCUGAACCUAAAAAUGGUGGCUUGCCAUGUGUGGGGUCGGCGAUGGAGUACCAAGACUGCAAUCCGCAUCCCUGCCCAGUUACCAUUUCCUGCACGGCCAGCAGGGAGUAUUCUUGCCUGGUUUCCUGGUUUUCAAUGAAAGGCUCAUGGUCUUGCUGGACUCCUUGGUCUCACUGCUCAGCCACCUGUGGAGGAGGACACUACCAACGCACGCGGACUUGCACCAAUCCAGCUCCAUCUGCUGGAGAGGAUAUCUGCAUUGGUCUGCAUACCGAGGAGGCUCUUUGCAACACGCACCCAUGUGAAGGUGGCUGGUCAGAGUGGUCAGAAUGGAGCCUGUGUAAUGAAGAGGGCAUCCAGUACCGCAGUCGUUACUGCGAGGUACACAGCCCAGAUUCUUCUCAGUGCAUCGGAAACAGCACACAGUACCAAGAUUGCCUGUAUAAUGAAAUUCCUGUGAUCCUGCCAGCCUCCAGUAUUGAUGAGAGCACAAACUGUGGAGGUUUUAGUCUCAUCCAUCUGAUUGCCACUGGGGUCUCCUGUUUCUUUGGCUCUAGCCUCUUAACGUUUGUGAUUUACGUGUACUGCCAGCGCUGUCAGAGGCAGUCCCAGGAGUCAACCGUUAUCCACCCAACCACUCCUAACCAUCUCCAUUACAAGGGCAGUACAACCCCCAAGAAUGAGAAGUACACCCCUAUGGAGUUCAAGCUUACAGAAGUGACACACUUAAUAUCGGGGGGUCCAAACCUGGAUAUCUACCAAUGGAGAUGGAGAUCAGACACUUAACAAGAACAAUUUGAUACCAGAUGACAGGACCAACUUCUACCCGUUGCAGCAAACCAAUGUGUACACGACAACCUAUUAUCCCAGUACACUGAAUAAAUAUGACUACAGGCCUGAGGCCUCACCUGGAAGGACCUUUACCAACAGCUGAUGAUGGACAGAUCCUAUAAGACUGGAUAACUUCCUAUAUGAAUUUUUUUUAAAUUGAUUUUAUGGACCAAAUACUGGCUCAGCCUCUAGAUGUAAAUAUUGUACAGUAGGGUCUUUUUUUUUUUCCUUUGGUUAAUUGUAUUUCUUGUAAACAGCACAUCUCCUUACAAGGACAAAAACACAUAUGGACCAUUCUGCAGUGCUUUUGUGGAUAUUUGGCUGGAGAUGGCUCUUACUACUGCAACUGUUUAUGGCUGGAACAUCAGCAUUGUUGUCCAAGGCCAACGUUGUCACAAGGAGGUGGCUGUGUGCUGGGCUCGGUGGCCACCACACAGCAGCACACAACAUGUGGGUGCACCCUAAGGCAAGAGGUGGCCUCCUGGGGCAGGAGUGUCUGUCUGGUGAGGCGCAUCCUUCCUGAGACAGGGUAGCAAUGGUGCACUGGAUGACACACAGCUCAUGAGACGCUGAGCGGGACUCCAUCGUGCCAACAACUUUUUUUCUUUUUCUUUCCUUUUUAGAUUUUUCAUUUUUUUAUGUUUCUGGAAAAAACAAACAAACAAAAAAAAAAAGAAGUGACUUUCUAGGGCAGUGUUCCCUGUAUCUUCAACAGAAUCUUUUCAUAUUACAGGAAAUACUUUCUGCAGCCUUCUUUGGUAAUAUGCAGUUCAGCUGAUGAGAAACAACACACAAACAAAGUGCAUUACACAAAGAAGCUUUCCAGAAUGUUUCCAGUCUUAAUUGAAAGAAAAUUAUACAGGCAGUGAGACACUGAGGAAAGUAAAUGUUGGAAUAACAUCGGAGACGUGAACUUGGAGUGCCUAACAAACAAAGAUGUUUAUAUCACUGGAAAAAAAAAAAAGAAGAUGUGAUGAUUGCCAUGCAAGAGCCAUGGGCUUUUUUUCUUUCUUCCUUUUUCUUUUUUUCUGAGACAGUGUUAACUCUUUUUGUUCUAGCUUUGAUCCUGAUUGUGUCUGCCAGGAAAGGCAACUUUAGAGGCCAUGCUCUUCUUGUGGGAAAUCACCGUGCUUUGGGCUAAUUUUUUCCUGUUGUUUUACUGUUGGUUUUUAGUUCAUUUACUUUCAAAGAGUGAAUAAUUCUGACUUUUCAGAGGGAGGGUAUUUUUGUACGGAAUGUUUCCAUAGUCUGACAUGACCCAGAAAGUCUGCUGCACAUUCUUACAGUGUCUUCCAGUCAGUACUCUAUGAAAUAGUAGCACAGCUGAGUAAUGUGCAUUGUUUGCCAAUAUCUCUUUAAUUUUUCUGAGCAAAAAACAACACAAUGAACAAAUGCUGCUGCAGCUAUUGAAGUAAAUUGGGGCAGUAGCAUUAUUAAACAGUAUAUCCAGCCUUGAAAUGUAAUUUUGUGUAUGUGUGUGACCGUGUCUACAAGAACUGUAUUAGUUUGAUGCAGAAGCCAUGUUGUCUACAACCAGAUGUUUGUCUGACAUAAUUGUUUGGCAAAAAGGAAACUUAUUGCUGGUGCUUAAUGUACAAUUACAUCCAAUGUGUUAGCAACGUGAACAAGUUCACUGCUGUUAUCAUUCAGUGUUUCUUAAUAUUUAUAAUGAACUCCUGAUGCUAAGGAUUUUAGAAUGUUGCAAUACUGAGCAUGAGAUAAAAGUACACCCUGAAACACGCAUGAGCUCCCUGUGGUCCCGAGCUUGGCUUUGUCGUGUGCAUCUUACUCAAGCAAGUGCCAUGCCCGCGCGUGGCCAUUGACUCGGCCAUGUUCCCAGCAGUCCCGUUUGGCUUUGCUUUAUUUCAGAUUUUGCUGUAAGCUGCCACCGAUCGUUUCUCAGUGUUAUUCCUUUGCAGUUGCUUGUUUGGAAGGCCAGCUUGGGCUGUGUACUCAGCUCCUUCAUGUAGGCAGCCAGUAGGAAAUGAAGAAAGACUCUGUUGCUAGUGACAAGUAUAUUGCUUUUCCUGCAAGGAAAAGCUAACACAGAUCUGUAAGCCUGUGUUAUGGUGGCUUGACCAGAAGGCAAGAAUAAAGAGGCCUCCCAUUUUUAAAUUACUUUGUCCAACUUCAGUUUGCAGUGAUUGAAGGCUGUAGGGAUAUUUGUAGUAAAGUGAGGUCAUUAGCACUGCCAUGGGAACACCUUAGGCUCAGUGGUGCCCAUCAUUUUCAGCAGUUGUUUUUCUAAUUUAGCAGCUCAUCCUGCUUCUGCUCUAUUCACUGGGUGAAAUAGGGAGAACAGAGGAAGAGAGAGAGAGAGAGAGGAUCCCUUAAAUAGAUGUACUCACAUUUGAAGCAGUGGGGUCAGGAGCUUAUGCAGACCUUGAAGCUCUGUCUGAAGCAGCCUGCUGCAACCCUCCACAUAGGCACAGUGGCCCUAACUCCCCUGGCAGCAUGGCUGCGAUGGGAGCGGUGGGAGUGGAUCACCAGGGUAGAAGGAGAGCACUGGUAACAAAUGCCAGCGCCUGGAGGGAGGCUCUUCCUAGGCUUCUAAAUCCCAUUUGAGGAGUGCUGCCUUUGUGCCUCGUGCCGUAAUCACCUGCCUCACUGGUUUCCGUGGCCCCUCAGCAACUCAAAAAAUCCUGACUUAAAGUAGUUCUAACAAGCCCAGGGGUUGAAAAUUAUUACAUUAGACUAUCAGGAUGGGAUUUUCUGAGCUUUUAUUUAUGUGAUUCAGAAGAAAACAUUGGCUCCCAAGAUCACUCUAGCCAUUGUAAAAGCAGAGCCAUCUCCAAGCUUCCCCCUCAGAAGAUUCCUUGUAUUGAUACAUGCUGCAAUUACUAUGUACAUGGCAGUAUUGCAGAUGGAGUUUGGGGGGAUGUGAGCAAGUCAAACUUUGCAAUCAUUAUAAUUUUCUAUUUUCCCUUCUUUUUCUCCCCCCUCCUCCUUAAAACAUUUUUCCAUUUUCAGCUUCACAGAAUAACAUGAUGUAAACUGAUUUUUUUUUUCCCCCCCAACAUGCCACAUAGCAGCUGAAUUUCUUUAAAUGUUCAGCUCACCAAGAUAGGUCAUUACUUCCAUUGUACUCAGGAGGUGGAUAUUUUGUAGGCUAUUGGAGGGCAGAUGCUUUGAGAGUGGUGCCUGUGGUUAUAGUUUCAUCAAGCCAUUUCUUCUUACCAGCCAUCCAAAUGGAUUCAGCCCUUUCUGAUAUAAUUGGCAAUCACAGCAAGGGUCUAUAGACUCCAUUUGAGCAGAAAGUAGAAUCCAGGAGAGAGGAGAGAGAGCACAGAAAAAAAAAUUAAUCAGAACACGUAUUACUCAAUAUUUGCCAGAGCGUGCGGUUCUUUAAGGACAAUGUUAAUGCGGUGUGAGGGUUGCAUUUUUUAUGAGCCCUCUAAUGCAUGGCAGGUUAAUGACACCAUGUACAGUGAUAUUCUGGCUGAGGUAAUUCAGCACCUUGAUCGUCAGGUCUGUAAUAUCUGUAGCAGCUUGAAUUGCUCCUGCAGCUGGAUGUUAAAGUUGCUAAAAUUCCCUAUUUGUAAGGCCAUGUGAAAGUACGCUGGAAAUGCAUGUAGUUCAGGAGCAUUGCUUUCCAAAAGACUCAUCUUGCUCUCUCUAUACUUUUUCUUUCACUUCUAAGACAGAGAAGGGGAACCCGGGCAGUUCCUGUGCUGGUCUAGAGACACUGGUUCUCUGCAAACCUUUGGCUAGGAUUCAGAUAUGUAUUAUGUAAAAUAUGAUGGAAAUCUUACAGCCAAGUAUGUAGCGGAAACAUCUUUAAUUAGGCCAUUCUUCCUUUUCCAUGGAAGUGGCUGCCUUUCUCCCUCCAGAUGGGGUGUGCGUUAUGGCCUUAUCCAGGCUGUGUUGUGCCAUUGCUGUUGGGCUUUACUUGAUCAGCUGUCACCCACCAGAAAUAACUUGUGCCAAACCACUUGAUGAUGAUACCACACUAUAAGAGGCACUGUUGCUCUAAAGGCUUACUUGAAUUCGGCAUAUGAGCCAGGCUGCUCUUAAAUAUAUGAACUGUACAGAUACUAUAGAAGAAAUUGCAUUGUCUUACCACCACUGUUCCUAAUGCCUUACAUUUGGAAAAUGAGAUGGUUGGUUUGAAAUCAACAGACAGUAGGAAUGGAGUUCAUGUCUGAUGCAGACAAUUGACGCCUCCAGUGUUAAUCUGAUGUUAAGCCCACCUGGAGAGAAAAUUGCUGUCCACUGAGAUUGAUUUAUACUUUGUACCAAAUACAGUGGGGGAAAGUUAUAUAUAUAUAAAAAUAUAUAUAUAUAUAAAAUGUAAAUGUAAAGUUUGUGUAACAGCUUACUCUUUUGUAAUAGUGUAUACAUCUAUCAGUGGAUAGAUACAGUAUAUAUUUAUAAUAUAUACACACACGAUAUAUAUAUUUAACAAAAUGCCUGCAGAGGAAACUUAGAAUAAGAAAGGCAGUGCUGGUGUUCAAAUUCACAGGGACAAAAUGAAGAAAAAACCUGUAAAAACAUAGCAUCCUUUCCAUUAGGUUUUCAAAAAACCCAACACUUUUGAGGUAAAUGAAAUAUAAUUUUUUAAUUGAAAGGAAAAUUGAUUUUUCUAGUUAGAUAUGCUGAUUCUCCGCUAAAUCAUUCUGGUUAAGAAUGAUUAAGAAAAAGAUUCCUGUUACUGCUUAUAUUUUCUGAAUAAGCUUCCCAUAUCUCUCAUGUAUCACUCUAUUGUUUUUGUAAUUAUAAGUAGGGACUAAUUGUGCAAAGAAAAUCAAAAUAGUAAGUAGGAGUAACAAAUAUUGUACCAUUAGAGCAAAAGACAUCAUCUAUUAGAACAGAGAAAAUGUCAACUUCCAUGUUAAAGAAGAUAGCAAUUGCCUUCUGAGUUAUUGAUCGGCAUAAUAAGCCUUGCUUUAUAAUCGCAUUAGGAGGUUUUAGUACAAAAUUUAGGGAAAAGGAACCCUGUAAACCCAUGGCUUUUUGUUUUCACAGAGGCCCAAAAAAGACACCAGGCCAUGGCAGUCAGUUACCUGGUGCCGUGGGUGUCUCUGGAGCUUCCAGCAUUCAUGGGCAAGGCUCUGCAUCUAUUCCUUGCCCUGACGCCUCCCGUGAGCCAGCCUGCACACAUGGCGGGGCUCAGCACCCCUUGGAGCUGCCUGGCGUAACAGAGAAAUACCCAGUAAAUUGGGUUUGAAGGAUUUCUUUUUUUUCCCACAGAUCACUUUAAUGCCUUCAUGUCCAAGGCCCAGACUCGAACAGGUAAAUCUUCCCCUUAAGCUUGUUAGGAGGAAACUUCAAGCAGCUUCAAGAAUACAUUUGGGGUAGGUGAGAAAAUCCACAAAUUUUGAUUGCCAGAACCUUCAAAACUGGACAGAAGCCCCCCUGGAGCUGGGUCCUUGUGGGACUUACCCUGUCUCAGCUGUUCUGUGUGGAAAUUCCUCCUUUGGGCCCUUUGUGAGAUGUUAGCAUCUGCAUUAGUCCUGGCUGGAGGAGCAAAACCAGCAUCCCUUUAUUUAGAGAGCCACAAAAUUAAACGCUCAAUAGCAUUCAACUCAAAUUUGGGUCUUAAACUUGAUUUUUUCCCUUUUCUGCCUCCAGCCUCAGCUGUAAAUUUCUAUUUGAGAAGGUUCAGUGCUGUAAAAGCAGCAUUUGGCUUUCUGCAAGUCCCAGCCCCGAUUUGGUUUUAAACAAAUCUGAUCAUGAAAAGUAUUAACACUGCACUCUAGUUCUGAAACCUCCGUCAGCGGGAUGCUGUUAAUUCGCAUGCCACGGAGUCAAGCAGAGGUCGGCGUGGAUGGGCCAUUAAUAACUGAAGCAAAAAUGUUUUUUAGUAACAAAAUGUCAAACAACAUAAAAGCCAGCCAGCUGCAUGCCAGUGUGGUUUCUAUCCACACACCCCUCCCUAGCCGACAUCCAAACCUGCGCAUACCUAAAAGCGAUGCGGUUAAUUAGGAUCAUUCCCACAGAGAAAGCUUUAGGGAGGUUGAAUGGUAUGUGCAAUGGAUAUGAUAGGAUUUAGCUUGUAGUUGAGGUGGGAGAGUGACAGAUGCAAUACUGGAUCAUGGGAAAUUAUGAUGCAAACACAGAAUGCUUGCCCUAAAACAGCAAAACCUGGAGAGUAUUAUUGGACUCUGUUGUGAAGGCACAUCACCCUUCCUAUGCAAUUGAACUUGAUGGUACUUUAGUAUAAAGGUGACCUAGACUGUAAUCACUGCCUUUAGACACUGUGAAUUUUUUUGGGGUACUCUGUAUUUUUAUAUAUUGUACAAUGUAAAGAAUAAUUCAGAAAUAAAACAGACCAACCUGA